AUGGAUGUUUUGGAUGCUCAACAAACUGUGCUAACAAAUGCGGAAACGUUCCAAUUGAUCAACGAACGACGCAGACAGCAGUCUACCGUACCGAAAGAUCAGCGUGUGAAGGCGCUUGGAACUGUGAUCUAUGAGACGUCCAGCUAUCUUCAGACUUCGCCAGCUGCUGCACAGAAAACUGAAGAUAUUGAAAAUGCUAUCCGGGCAUUAGCUCCAUUCAAACUGACCGCCGCCGAAACUCUGCAAGUGAUCAAUCUGAGGCCGUCCACAAUAAUUGAGAUACAACUGAUCGUGGAAGAGUGUGAAGAGCGUUUGACCGAAGAACAAAUGAAUCAAUUGGUUAAUGUUGUCAACGAAAAUUUGCCACCAAGGCCGUCAUCGUCGGGGGACUCGAAAGCGGUUGCUGAAGAGGCUGCAAAUGAACGAAUGGAAACAUAG